AUGCCAAGCUAGUACGGACACUUGCUGACGGCCACAGGUAAGGAAUCUAGAGGAAAUGCAACGGCGUUAUCUGUUGCACUACUUACUCGGCCCGUGGGCCGUGGCGUGGAGUGCGGAAUCCUUGGCAAAGCGUCAGCGAGAUAGCUGGGCCCGCUCAUAAGUGUAAUUGAUCACUGUAUCCACCGCAAAUAGGAGGAAUGCUCCUGCAUUUUCCAGUGGGAGACGUAACAUAUGGAAUACGCUUCCCAGCAAGGACGCUCCCUGGCCGCCUCAGCUCCUGACUCCUGAGCGAUACGAUUCAGUACUCGUCCUUUUCUAGACGACAGGUUGCUGCGUGCGUGAUGGUGGGUGAUGCAAGCAAGGGGCCGGGGCAGCUCUUACGAGUUACCACUAGCUAGCAGCCGCAAGGAUGCAAAUGCAAGCAACGACAACGUCCAAAUAAACUACGCUAUGUACAUCAGUUCUCUACUCCCCUACCUACGUACACCAUCGCAAUUCGCAGGCAGAUGCAUCUCUCCCGUUUGUUUAGUCGUCUAGAUCGCGCCGGUCCUUGUCGAAGCGGCCGGCCGCCACCACCUCCAUUGCCGGCCUUGUGUGGGCAGCUAGCUAGCGACGACCAAAGCGAUGCGACGCACCGCGCCACGCCACGCGCUCCUUCCUCCACCUGCGUACGUAUAUAAAUAUGUUAGAGGCACCUCGCGCCCUCUGCGCCGGCCAGUUCACCGCCCAUCUCGAUCGGUGAAAUUGCACCGGCGAUCGACGUACGGUAGGUCGGUAGCAGCAAAGAAACUAACCAUGAGGCAGGCGAGGCCGUACUCGGGGAUCUUCUGCGGCGGGGUGUCGGCGCGGACGGGACCGCACGCGCUGCCGCUGGCGCGCAUCAAGAAGAUCAUGAAGCGCUCCGCGGGGGAGGCGGCGGCCGCCGCGGACGGCGGCGCCAGGAUGAUCUCCGGCGAGGCGCCCGUUGUGUUCUCCAAGGCGUGCGAGCUCUUCGUCGCCGAGCUCACGCGCCGCGCCUGGGCCGCCACGCUCGACGGCAAGCGCCGCACCGUGCACAGGGAGGACGUCGCCACGGCCGUGCACAACACCGACCUCUUCGACUUCCUCGUCGACGUCGUCACGGCGGACACUGCUGGUGGAACCGGCGGCGGCGGGCACGACGGCAACGGCGCGCUCUAAGCUGCAUGGGGACGAAUUUUCAGCCGUUUGCUUGAGCCCACGAUGCUCUAGUGCAGUGACUCGUAGUCGUAGCAACUUCUCUCAUGCAAUCCUAUAUGCUACUAGAUCUCAUAUACGUACUCAUUCUCUGAAAAUGAUACGAACCCCAACCAAUAAGCACAGCGCCGACUGAAAACGUUGAGAAAUUCACAUGAUUUCAGUUUCA